AUGGCCGCGGUCCUCCCGCCCGAUCCGGACGGCAGCGUCCGCGCGCGGCUGCACGUCGGCGGCCUCCCGCGCGAACUCACGGACGACGAGCUCAGGUCGAGGUUCGCGCCGUUCGGGUCCGUCGUGGAGUGCUCGGUGAUGCGCGAGAAGUUCGACUCGCCGUUUUACCGUCGCGACGACGACGACGACGACGACGACGACGACGACGACGACGACGACGGAUCCGCGCCGCGAGUCUCUCAAGGAAGAAAGCGCAGCAGAGCGAUCGCCCGAAAAACUCCGCCGUGCCGCGGGUACGCGUUCGUGGAGCUCCGCACGAACCAGAAGUCCUUGGGCCGGUGCGUGUCGCUGUACAACGGAUGCAAGUGGAAGGGUGGCGUCAUGGCGGUGCACCACGCGAAGCCCGCGUUCGAGGAGCGCCUCAGGCUCGAGCGCGAGGGCGCGCUCGACGCGGUCGCGGCCGCCGCGCUCGCGGAGUCGCGGCGCGCGAAGAAGCAGAUCGCGGACGAGGUGUGGGAGGACAUCACCGCGUACUCAGACGAGGAGUACGGCGAUCAGACGGGGUUCCUCCCCGAUUUCGUGCGGCGCGCGCUCGGCGCGCCCGCGGCGGCGCCGCCGGUGGCGCGCGCGACCCCCGAGUCGAAGAAACGUAACGAAGACGCGUCUUUAGGAGAAGACGCUCCGGCGCCGGAGCCGCGGCGGCCGCUGCGCGAGGGCGACGCGCUCGAGAUCGACGGCCGCGAGCGGAACGUCAAGGUGGCGGUGACCUACGGCGCGGGCGGGAAGAAGAAGACGACCUUCGAGGAGAUCGAGUCCGACGCGCGCGCGGACUGGACGCCGUUCGAGGACGACGCGAGCGAUCACACCGCGCGGCGGCUGUGCCAGCUCCCCGGGAUGGUGUUCUGGAAGCCGAAGCCCGCGGCGCGGCGGCGAGAGCGCGAGGACGACGACGGCGCGGUGGAGGUGAUCGAGGGCGAAGCGAGCGACGACGACGACGACGACGGCGCGAAGGAUGAGGCGGCGGAUCGACCGCGAGGGAGGCUGCCGAGGGAGUUCUUCAACUCCGCCGCGGCCGCGAAACGGGCGGAGCGCGGGACCGCGGAGAACAAGUUCGGCCUCGGCCGCGACGACGACGACGACGACGGCGACGGCGGAGGGAAGCGUCGUAAAACCGGCGACAGCGUCGAGUUGCGUAUGUUGUCCGCGUUCUUAGGCGAUGACGACGACGACGACGACGACGACGACGACGACGACGCGCCGCCGCCGCCGCUGGCGGCGGCGACGACGAAGGCGAGGCCGAAGAAGGAGGUCGCGCUGAAACGUCCGGAAGCGAAGCGAACGGCGGCGGCGGCGGCGGAGCCCGCGGAGGGCGGCGUGCCGAUGACGAGAAAAAAACCGUGGUGGGAGACGGACGACGACGGCGACGGCGGCGGGGGCGGGGGCGGGGGGAGGGACGAGAAGAGAGAGCCUCUUCGCGCGAAGGCGGAGAAGAAGAUCGCGGCGACGGAGGGGAGCGCACCGCCGCCGCCCGCGAAGGAUUUCUUCCGCGCCGCCGCGACGGUGCCGUUCCGGCCGCGGAAACCCGCGGAGUCGGACGCCGAUGACGACGACGCCGACGACGAUUUGGAUUUAGAUUCGUGUUUGGAUUCCGACGCGACCCCGGACUCGGAGGAGGAGGACGAGGAGGCGUCGCACGACGACGAGUCCGACGGCGACGGCGACGACGACGACGACGAGGAACCGGCGUUGUGGACUUCGACUGAUAGCUAG